UACCAAUAACUUGUUGGGAAAAACCACAAUUCGAUCAUUUCCAACAACCAGUAGUUAUUACAAAUAAAUCAGCUGACAAUAAUGAAGAAUAUGAAGAUGAAGAGUUAAUAGCCCAACGACAUUAUGUGGUAUUUGGAGACCAAGAUGAUUUAACUCCUUUAGCUGAAAGUAAUCCUAAACAAAUUUCUUGUGCAUAUCAAGUAGCUCCCUUAGAACAAGAAUUCAUUAAAGAAGAAGUUGAUAGAAUGUUGAAACAUAAUUUAAUUCAACGUUCUGAAAGCCCUUGGGUCUCACUAGUUAUUCUAGUAAGGAAAAAGAAUGGAAAACUUCAAUUUUGUAUCGAUUAUAGGAAACUAAAUAGUGUUACCCAACGGGAUGGACAUCCUUUACCUCGCAUCGACAAAUUACUUAAUAUGUUUGAAAAAGCAAAGUAUUUUUCAACAUUAGAUUUAGCAAGCGGAUAUUGGCAGGUUGCUAUGGACCCAAAUGAUCAAGCCAAAAUAGCAUUUAUAACUAGUCAAGAACUUUAUGAAUUUAAAGUUAUGCCAUUCGGAUUAACAAAUGCCCCUGCGACCUUUCAACGUCUGAUGAAUAAAAUCUUUAGAGAAGAAAUUGGAUGA